CCGUUCUUAAAGGAGUUCCGCCGUGUGCAGCAGCAUUUCUGUCCGUGUAUGUACAAUUCAGGGAGCUUAUAGCUCGCCUUUAGAGCUGGCUUUAUGAACAUAAAAACAAAUUGAGUAUGAUUAUCUAUUAGAAUUUUUUCCAGCAAUGAGCGGCGCUGUGUGUGGAACUAUAGAGGACAUGAAUACACAAAUUGUCCAGGCUGUGCGUGUGGAAGACACGAUGUCCUCCACAUAUGCAGGAAUGUCCGACUUGUCCGAUGAGAUCCUGCUGUGCAUCCUGCGUCAUGUUCCGGUGUGCGACUUGCUGGCGAACGUGGCGAACGUCUGCCAUAAGUUACACACGCUGUGCCAUGACAAGUCCCUGCUCACAAAAGUUAGAUUGUCCGAAGAAUAUCUGGCUGAUGAUCUCUUGGUUCGCGUCAUACUAAAGCAGCUCGCCAACCGAGUGCAGUGCCUCAGCCUUAACGGCUGCUAUUGGCUUUCUGGUUCCACCAUGGAGUACCUGUCUCGCUGCCGAGGAGUGACGCAUCUGGACGUCACCGGCUGCCGCCUCACCUCCCUUUGCCUGUCUCGUCUCCUCUCCUCGCUGUCUCUGCUCAAGUCGCUGGCCUUUGACGUGAGGCCGUGCUUCAACUCCGCUCUGCUCAGCUCUGAGGCGGUGGACUCUCUCAGUCGCCUCACUGAGCUCAGGCAGACCCUCUUCACGCCGAGUUACGGAGUGGUGCCCUGUUGUGCUCAGCUUCGCAAGCUGAUGCUGCAGUUCGAUAUCCCCGAUGUGACCAGAGAGGGAGUGGGCGUGAGCUGUCAGCUGAUGGUUGGUCAGAGCAGCGUGCCUCACUACGAACAGCUGGAGGAGUUCACUGCCCGGCUGGCUCCAGGAGAAGUGAACCAGACUUUGCUGCUCCUCUACCUGGCGGUGUUCAGCGUCCACGUUCCGAAGCAUCUCCGAACUUUCCUGGUGUCCAUCCCCGGUCCCAACCCCGCUCACUGGCCCGCUGCGCCCUCUUUGGCUCAGAGUUUGGGUGAACGGGGUGACCUGGUGGCCCUGCAACUGCCCCGCUCCUGGUUAAACCAUUUGUCCUUGAAGGGGGCAUUGGAGGGUAACAGCCCCAAGCACCUGAGCUUCAGCCGCUGCCCCGCGCUGUGGCCACAGGUGUUCCAGUCGCUGCUGAACGGGGGAGUCCGAGACGCCACUCAGCUGGUUAGCCUCAACCUCAGCGGGAUCAGCCACUGUCCGUACUCCGACUGCAGGGCUGUGGAGGAUCAGCUGGUCGUUGGCUCGGUGAGCCAGCUGGCCGUCGCCUGUUGCAACAUGAAGCACUUGAAUCUGAUGCACAACCAUUAUCACCAUGAACACUCACCUGGGCUUGGCACGGAAACACACCUGUGUGACAGCCUGGCCAAAUUCCGGCACCUGCGCUCCCUCACGCUGCCGGUCUGCACUCUGUCAGACGGCUUAAAUAGAAAUCAAGUUUCCGCUCGCAGUACGGCUCACUCCUCCUUGUUCCAGGGAUUGAAGAAAGCUCCUCGAGUCGGACUCCAAAACUACAAGCCCGACUCGGAAGCGCCUCCUCAGAGCGACGGCACGUCGGGACUGUCUUUGCUCGCGGCCGGCUGUCCUCAUUUGGAGACCCUGGAGGUCAUCGGCUCGGGGUUCGUCUCUGCCCUUCCUCGCCUCGAGCCCUGCUCUCGUGCCAGCAUGGAGCGCCGCGGCAUCUGUGCCUGGGAAAGAACCGUUGGUGACUCCCACUUAGCUGCACUCGGUGCUUUCCCGCGACUGCGGCGCUUGACUCUGGCCGGACUCCCCGGAGCCCUCAGGGGAACCGGGUUGAUCCAGCUAUCCCAGCAGUGCAGAGACCUGCGAGUGCUGUCGCUCGCCAAUCUAGGGUCACUGAAAACCAUGAACUACUCUGCUGCCUUGCUGGACGCCAUCAAGCAGUGUUCACAACUGCAGGAGCUCAGAUUAGAGCAGCCUUACCUGAACGCAAACGCGUCUUUCUUUGAGGCUCUGUCCUGCUGCUCCCGCCUGCAGCGCUUCUGCCUCAUCUCACGCAGCGGCACGUUUGACCCAUCAGCCACAGAUGCCUUCGUGGAGAAAUGCUCGGAGCUCAUCAUGUGCCACAUGUUCAUGGGCGGCACUUUGGUGGCCUGUCGAACGCUGCAGAAAACUCUCUUCGAAAGAUUUUCAGCCAAGCGCCCGGCUCUCAGCGUGGUCAUCUACCCGUUACAGCAUGAGGACCUGCCCUCAGUCAUCAGAGGCAUUCCUCUGACAUUACUAGAUCAGAUCACCUUAUUCCAGAGCCACGUUGCACAACCACCACGUUUAUCGCCACUGUGAUUCAGUGCGUUGCCGCUGCAACCAAAAUGCACAAGAAACAUUUUUAUCAUCAUAUGUCAUCAGGUUGCACAUUGCAAAUAAGAAUUUCAGGUUAAUAAUACAUCAACUACAUUGUUUACAUUUACACAAAUAUAAUUAUGGUGUUUAAAGAGAAAAUUUCCUUUAAAUACGAUAGUAUUUAUUUUCUGGAUGGUUUUAUUUGCCAUGUUGACCUCAACUCUGGCUUCUUUACUAAAAAUGAUUUCUGAAUUAACACAAUUUUGUUACCUAAAAAAAAGUAAGCAUAGUGGUUUCAAAAACAAAAGGGAAAUAAAUGGUUGUUCUGGAACUAGUUAUUUGCCUCUGAAGCUGAAUAUCAUGUGAUGAUUUAAUAAACAACUUAAUAUUUUUUAUAGUUAC